AUGCUUCAGUCGCGUAAGACACGUUCCAAGACUGGCUGCCGGUCGUGUCGCAUGCGCAAGGUCAAAUGCGACGAGGAAAAGCGACAAGUGAAAGGCCUCGACGAGCCGCAAUCCAAUGUUGCGAAGAAAGGCAGAGAGGCACAACACAGAGAGGCUGAGGAGACCGGUCAAGUGGUUCAAAAUCGACCUCAGCAUCCUCAGCCGCAGCCCAGCUGUUCUCAAGCGCCCUUGCUUCCCUUGGAACGAUUUGAUGGCAAUAGUGAUCAACACGUGACCGCUGCCAAUUCUUUGACUCUAUCGGGCUUUGACCGGGAUUGUCUAAACUAUCUCCAAAGUUCAACGUUGGUUGUACUUCUAGGAAAACAUUGGCCAUGGUCUACCGUGUCUUAUACUUACCAGAAGAUCUCGGUGAAAGAGCCGAUGGUCAUGAGCAUGAUACUAGCCACUACUGCAAGAGAGGUCCAUCGAUCUCGACUUUAUGACCAAGAGGCCUUGCCUAGUAUCUCAGCUAAUAAUGAGUCCUGUGAGCUGUCGGGACGAAUGCAUUAUGGUCGAGCCCUAUCGAGUCUACGGCAUGCUCUGAAACAGGACGUGAAGACUCCACAGAAAAUAGAAGCUAUUUUCAUCACUUUAUGGUUCAUGAUCGAUUAUGAGAACCGGUUUGGCAGCGGAGCACCAGCCAUCAACAUCCAUAUUCGAGGCAUUGAAACUCUGCUUCAUAAUCAUAUUGUGCCUUUGCUCCAAGAUCGACUCUCGACUCAAACACCUACAUCUCAGCCUUCUUCUCUCUCAGCACUUACUCUAGAACCUGAAGCAUUUCCGCAGCAAUCCUCACCCGAGAGGCAGUCAUCUACCGACUCCCCAAUUACGAAUGCUACACCGCCCGAGUUCUAUUCAGAGCCCAAAUCGUUAGACACGCUGCGGUGUACUUCUGUCCCGCUUUUCCUUCUUUGGACAUUAUAUUUCUUUACUCCAGCGGCGCUUUUCUUUGGGCCCGGAACCGCCCGACUUGACACUGACAUUUUCCAAUUCUUUUUGGGUGCCGAGACUCCCACCACUGGUCCUUUAACUUUGCCAGAGCUCUAUCGGAUCAGCAGGCAAUCACCUUCUCGCUUCUGGGGGAAAACGUACCCCGUCUCUGCCCAACUGGACGAUAUGGAAAAUCUCCCUGGUCUCACAUUGUACCACCGAAGCCACGUCAUUCAAUUUAAAAUAACCGAACUUUUUAAACGGGGGCCUCAAUUAGAGGGAACUCCGGAGAGUAUAUCCCCGUACCAGCGCCUUGUUCACGAGAUUAAUACCUUGUCUAUUGAAUACGACACUUUGCUCACUUCCGCCAAAAUCGCCCCGUCUUGCGAGUCGGUCGGCAAUGGUCGUCGUGUCAUGGAGACUAUCUACUGGGCCGCCAUCACAUUCUACAGCACAAUGAUAUAUUUCCAUCUCUGUUUUCAGAAUAUUGUGAAUAAGGCUCCUGGCACCCAAAUCAAUAUCAGCUUCAUGUCGCUCGGUGCUGCAGUGUCCCAUGUCCUGGAACUUAGUCUGAAGCUUCACCGCACCCGACCCCGUCUUAUGGUGCGCAUCACCUGGCCGUUGUUUAUUGCUGGUAUUGCAACAUCCGAUCAGAUUUAUCAAGACUGGGUAUCGAUCCGUCUACGGGAACUGGGUCGGUAUGGACAGAAUUAUGAGCGGAUCAGCCGGCGAUAUGAUGAGAUUAUUCAGGGAGAUCAUCCCUAUGUAUAUGAACGACAAGGUCAUUUCCUGACUUGUUAA